AUGCGACAUCCAACCGCCGCCACCGGCCAAAGCGUCGCAACGGCGUCGGACCCCUUCAUUGAACCCCCGACAGGGACAGGCGUCCCAACCAGGCGGUCUGGGAGGGGCCCAAACCACCUAGGCCUGUGCCACUCCAUCGUCACGCAAUGGCGGGAGAUCGUCUACCAUGUGGACCAUGAUUCAGCCAACAUUCCCUGGUCAACCCUGGUUGUUCCCUAUUACGCCUUCGUCGCUCUCCUCAUCGUCGACGCCAGACUUCGGAUGGCAUGGUGGCAUCCUCGCCGAACCUCCGUUCAAAUUAGCCUCAACACGGCGAUGCUAGUCGAGGGAGAAUUGCCGUGUAAAGGAGCUUCUCGACGCCGCCACCAUCAACUCGCCAACCUACUUCGGCGCACGGUCUCAUUCCUUUUUCAAUACCACAUGCAGUUUGCUCCUGGGUGA